AGCGCAACCCACCCUAGGCAGCAGUAUUUAACAACUAACCCCUCAUUCUAACAUCGCCGGGUCUGUAACGGUAGCAUUAUAGUAACAAACGCGUGACCAAGCAGGGUCCUACGAUCCUUGAUACCAGGAACCUGGACUUCCAAGCUACUGACAGAAUUGUAGAGAAGACAUAUGAGGCCAGUCAAUAUAAUCCAUUUUCCCUUACUCUCAUUCUUACCCAGUCAAUCUUAACAAUGCUCAUCCCUCUCAUACUAACCACCAUGCUCCUGAACCCCUUCCGACCAUGUGAGGGCUCUCCCACCUUCCAGGAGGAAUACCGGAGCAGCAAUUACGUCCCAGAGUUGAUUGAAACCGCAUGGGGCCGCCAGAUCGUGGCUCCAGAUACUCCCUAUGUGGCAGCAGCCGGCCCUAGCCAGCUAUACUUUCUCGACACCCGGCUCGACCCUGAGAUGGCCCAGCACAUUAAGCAACAGAUUGAGAAGGCCAGCGUGCCGCAACUAGACGAGUACAUAGCCAUUGACGAGAUUGAGGCCACGGCAGAAGUGAAGAACAGUGUGACCGGCGAAACGACCUUCGUGUUCGACCACGCCUACGCCCGGAUACUGUUCGCCAGGGGCAUGAAUAGGCAUAAUCCGGAUCUUAAACUGCCGGAGCCUGAGCCGGCGGGUGACUGGUUUGUCACCUAUGAUUUGGACAAUAUUUUGGCGGCGAAGGGAAGAAGUGUGGCUAAGGGAUGAUUCAUGCCUUCGGUAUCUGUCAUCCGAGGAUCUGCUCUACGGCUGUCGAGGCCCCCGAAAAGAUGGUUGGGGGGUAGUGGAUGUCAGUUACAAUUAGCGCAUGGACGAGUGGCACUGGGGAGCGUACAAAGACGUGCGAUACGCAACUGAAUGGGGCUAGGAGUUAUAUGGGCUAGUUGGCUAAUAUAUUGUCUGGAUGGUCUCCGACUGAUGUUAAAUGGUUACCGAUAUGAUUGCAAGGUGGCCUGUUGUAGAUUAUAACAAUGGGAUUUGAGUCAGACACUCCCUCAAUUAUCUGAAAGCAAACAUCUUUAUACUUUCUCAUCAGGUUGCAGCCGUUAGGCCAGAACGGUAAACGGUAAAUUCAUGCUUGACCUAACCAUA